CCCGGCGUACAUGCACUGUAAAUUUUCAACUUCGGACGAUACGAUACAUGAAGUGUUUGCGUUUGAGUUUUACUUUUCAUUACUGACUUCGAAAGACUUUACGUCGUAUGAAGACCUUUUUGACUCUCCUGAUCACUCAGGAAUCGACUCUGAAUUGGAAAAAUCCAACAGCUCGUGAAAGAAAAAACCGCCUUCAAUUUUAGUCCCUGGAGGUAUGAUAUUUGGGACCUCCUUGUGUCGUAGACAGGAUUCUCCGCUUAUUUCGCGACACUCUAGUGUUAUGUCAUGUGAUUAAUUAGUAAUUCCCUGUAAUAACUAAAGAUUGAGUGUCUGCAAGCCAUUAAUUACUGUUGAUGGCCAUUCAGUAGAUUAAUAAUUCCGGAGUGGAAUUUUUGGUAAUAAUUUUGAGGUUAAGAGUCUGGAGAGGAUUUGUCAACAUCUAGGACCAUCUGCGGGUCAAGUACAUAUGUGAAGAUGCUGAGCGUCUCGAGACUGUGUACCCGGGGAAUUCCGAGAAUCCCACACACAAAUGUAUCGGUCUGUACACGAAAGGCGUUUCAUAGUCCACUUCAAAAACGAACGAGUGAUUUUCCACGAAUUCUCAGAGAAACCGCAGCCAAAUGGAGAUCGACUCCGGGUCUCGCCACCGAGUCUGGAUCACUUACCUUCAGAUUCGCCUCUGCUGUUAACAAAAAGACAAAUAGGCUUGUUGGCACCUGGCUUUUUACAUGCAGUGGAAUGGUCUUUGUCGCUGUAGCACUAGGUGGGAUAACGAGGCUGACUGAAUCGGGAUUGUCCAUGGUAACGUGGAAAUUACUGGGUGAGAAAAUGCCAGUGUCCGAGGGUCAAUGGAUUGAGGAGUUUGAAAGAUAUAAACAGUAUCCAGAAUAUAAACUAAUGAACCAAAACAUGACCCUGGAGGAGUUCAAAAAAAUCUGGUGGAUGGAGUACGUCCAUCGAAUGUGGGGCAGACUGAUAGGUGCAACAUUCGCUCUUCCAGCAGCUUACUUCUGGUACAAGGGCUACCUAAAGCCCGGAAUGAAGGCCAGACUUCUGAUUCUGGGCUCACUGAUCGGUGCCCAAGGCCUCAUGGGCUGGUACAUGGUAAAAUCUGGUCUUGAGGACAGAUUUCAGGAUCCCUCGGACGUCCCCAGGGUCUCGCAGUACCGACUUGCGGCUCACCUGGGUCUGGCUUUUCUUCUGUACAGUGGCUUCCUGUACAAUGCCCUCGAUCAUCUGCUGCCAGCCAAACGCAUGCCUCUUGACUGGUUCGGGAAGAGAAUGCUCACAGACCAACAUACUAGUGCUCUCGUCAAGUUCAAGAGAAUAGCUCAUGGAAGUAAAGCACUCGUAUUUUUGACAGCUAUCUCCGGAGCUUUUGUAGCUGGACUGGAUGCUGGACUGAUUUACAACGAAUUCCCGAGGAUGGGGAGGAGGUUCAUUCCGGAGGAUCUGCUGGCGAUGUCCCCCACGUUGAGAAAUUUCACGGAAAAUCCAACGACUGUACAGUGGGAUCAUAGAAUACUCGGCAUAACAACACUGACAGUGAUCACGAUAAUGGCAUUCAAAUCCCGAAAACUAAAACUCCCAGGACGUGCAUCAACAGCUGCCCUGGUUGUCCUAGGUGCUGGAUACCUCCAAGUGAUCCUCGGGAUCUCGACUCUCCUCCAUCACGUACCUGUCUCCCUGGCAGCUUCACACCAAUCAGGCAGCAUGAUACUCCUCAGUGCAGCACUAUGGCUCUGCCACGAGCUCAAGCACAUACGCAAAAUUCCCAAAUUAGUCAAGUAACGGUAAAUGGUUUGUACAUAAAUGUAACGCUGGAGUUGCAGUGAAUUAACAAUAAAACCGGUUGAUUUAUCAAUUAGGAAAAAAUUAUUUCACAACAUUAUGCUCAUUUAUUUCGACGAUGUGUCUCUGCCUUAUAACAAUGAUUAAUUGCUUACAAACGUUAAAAUUACAGUCAUUAAUUUUUUUUGUUUAUUAAAGAUAGAGGGGAGCAAAUGAAAAUUGUUGGUCAAAUUUAUUUCUCACGUUCAAUGUAGAAUUGUUUGAAUUGUUUAUAUAAUUAUUUGUGAUUUAUCGUUCGAAAUGCAAAACUGAAAUCCAGUGGAAAAAUAUGUGGUUCAAGAAAAACUUGAAAAAAGGCGAGGGAAACAGUCACUGUAGUUAAAUUUUUGAAAAAUAUUUCUUUCGUUUGGAUUGUUUUUAAAAAUUAUUGCACCUUUGAAGAAAUUUUCAGUACUAAACUGCCUUUUAAAAGUGACAAGAAUCGAUUACUCGUGUCCAUUCAAUUAAUUUUUGACACAAUCAAUAGAUUAUUGUCAUUUUUCAGGGACAGUUGUCUAUGCAAUAAAUUUUUUGUCCUGAAAAAUGCAAAAAUUUAUGUCUUUUUAGAGCAGCAAAUUCAACAGCAGUAACUGUUACAUUUCAAUAUCUCGCAUCUCCUCACUACAAUGUCUCCCUGGAUCAGACAUGAUUGGAUCAGACUUCACGAACAUUUAUAGAAAAAAAUGUUCCCCAUUAUGAAAUGUUUGAUUCUGCAUUUAGAAAAUUAUCAAAUCCUUGCCAUUAUCGUUAUUCUAUCUACCGGGAGAAUCGAUAAAUCGAUUAAAUAAUCUUGGAUUAUCAUCGUUAAGUAACGCGUUAUGUAUUUUUACUGUCUCAUUAUUCAUUAAUUUAUCACUUUGUUUUGAUUUUACGAGUGUAUCGUACUGUUUAAAAAUAUGUGGCAGUCGUUUUCCAAUCAGUCACCCUUUGAUUUAUACAAUUGUAAUUUCACCUCAAAACGUGCAACCUCAUACACAUUGGUCCGUGACUAUUAAACAUUAGUAGUGGUGUAUUAUUGAUUUUUUAAAGCAAUAUAUACUUCUACUCAUCACCCCCUGCUACACCUCAAAUUGCACUUUUAUUAAUCGAUUAAUUAAUUAUUGUAGCCAUUUUCUCUUUCCUAUAUACACAUGACACGGUUUAUCGUAUUUUAUUAUUUUCUCUUAUUAUUCACAUAUAUUUUAUAGUUCAUAUUUAUAUACUGUGGAUUUUUAGAACCAGAGUAAAUAGCCCAGGUGAGUAAUCUACGAGUAUUUAACCGUCACGUUACAGAGAGGAUUGAAAUUUAAAAAUCACAGAAAUUUGAUUUUUCUGGCUCAUUCAAGACGAAAAUGACAUUUACGUUAAAAAACGUCAAAUCAUUGUUCGAAUUAACAAAUUAAAAUAAUUCACUAAAUUAAGGAAAAUUAUUUAUUUACAUUGAAUUAAUGAAUUGUAAAGACAAAACGUCUUUUUUUUUCAUUUUUCUUUAUAUGUUUGAAAUACAAGUCAAUAAUUUACUCAAUAAAAUCAUUAAAAAAUACUUUUUUUAGUAAUGAAACCGUCAAAGGCAGAAAAUUGAUAUUUUUGUCUGAAUUUUUUUUAUUGUUCUUUUCCACUAAAAUGUGAAUAUAUGAUUCGAAAAAUGUGAAAAAAUAGAAGUGCGAUACGUGAAGCCAUUUUCAAAUUUCAAUGCACUCUCUCCUUGAAAAAAAAGUUCUUGACUUUCAAUAAUUGGGGUUCUGCAUGACAAUGUUUUAGUGUUGAAUAUGAAAUUGGAAUGAAAAAUACUAAAUACGGACUUUAUUGUAUCAAAAAGGAUCUAUGGUUUUCCCAUUAACUCUUGGAUUUUGAGGUAUUUAAUUAAAAAAAUCAUGCAGCAACCCAAUUGUCGACAGGAAAAGUUCUGAAAGGCUCACCGGGGAGAUCUACUGGUGUAAUCAGUCUGAUAAAAAAAAAUCCUUACUCACCUCGAUAGUUAGUUUUAUUUAGAUUAUAAAUAAAUGCAUCUCAUUCGUAUCUCAUUACUAAUUUUUACAGUUUGUUCUCAUCCUUUGGGGCAUUUAUCGUCAUUUUGUGAACAAUAAAAAUGAAUUGAUUGAAGUAUUUUCAGGAUUUUUAAAAAAUUUGUGUUGUUCAUUGUGAGAAGUGGAGAAACGUAGUUCAACAGUUUAAUAAAUCGCAUUUAUCGCGAAAUGUUGUAGUCUCCACGGGACAUGUAAACACUAACGUGAAAUUUAUCAGCAGAUUUUGUUGCUAAAGAAAUUCGAUAUUUCUUACAAAAAAGAAUUCUGUACAUUUUUGUGAAUUUAUUUGACAAAAGCAGCAGUCGAGGGGAAGAGAAAAUUUUUUUUCUGAACUUUUCCCAUAGUUUCACUCAUUAUGAAACUAUUUGUCAAACAUGCACUUUAGUGUAUUGAUUAUUAUUUUUAGAUGGAUUUGUCUGGAAGGAAAUGUUAAGCCAUUUCGUGUAAUUUAAAAAAUUGUUCAUUUAAAACCUUUAUAAAUUCUAAUUCAUAAGCUAUAAACUAUUUAUAAACUAUAAUUCAACAAAUUCGUUUAAAAAAUUGUUGAUUUCAGAGGAAAAAGUCAAAUCAUUUUUGUCAAAAAACACUAAUAAUUGUCUAGUUAAUUAAUAAAUUUAUGCCGUGCAGUACAGUAUAAAAAAUUCAAUUGUUUCCGAUCGAAUUGAAUAAACCGUUGAAAAAUUUGUUUGUUAAUCGAAAAACUCAUUAGAAAGAGGAUUUUCUCAAAAUUAUUCGAAAAUUCAAUUAAUUCAAUACGUUUACCCCACUUCACCACAGACUGAUUCAACAACAAUCAUCGCUUCUUCCUGAAAGACCAUUUUGUGAAUGAAAAAAAAAUUGAUAUGCAUACGACGCAAGAAAAGUGGAUUAAGCACGGAGCACUGAGUAAGAAUUGACGAAAAAAUGAAUGAAUUGACUAAAGGAAUAUACAAGCGACGUCACAUAAUUGUCAUCAUGUUAAUUUUUGUCAUCGACUGAACGAAAGCCUCUUAAAUAAUUUUCAUCGCACAAGCAGUGCAAUUCGUCGAUGAUUGUUAAUUCCUUCAUCUCCAACAUGUGGUAAAAAAUCGAUAGUCAUUAAUUAACGCGUGUGUAAAAUGUGUACAAAUAAAUUUUUUACACAUAAUACAUAUUUACGUAGGCAAUGAAGGUAUUACGUACGGUAGAUACGUAUACAGUACAUGGAGGUGAUUGACUGUCAGAAUAGCGAUGAAUUUUUUCUGGGGAAAAGCGGAAAAUAAUUCCCAAUUCGAUUUUUCGUUGCCGUUCUUGUGCAUGAAAAGAUUUUAAAAAAUAUUCCAGAGCUUCGGGUAGAAAUUUCCUUCCUUUCUAGGGAUUUUCGAAAAUAUUUGAUAAAAAAAGAUAGAAAAAAGAACAAAAAAAGCUAUUUUUCUAUUCUUAGUGAAACCGAAAAUUUCCACAUUAGUUUUUCCGCAUGAAAAAUUUAAUGAAUAAAUUUUCAGACAUUUCUCAACAAUUUUCUGUACGUUCUUGAAUUUUCAUUGAAGUUCAUUCACUAUUGAUCAAUGAUGUAAAUUAAAUCCGUCCCAGAAAUGUAUUUCAAUCUAUUUCAAUCAACGUUUCGAUCUAUUGAAUAUUUUCCACCGACGAAAUAACGAAAUUUCCAAUGGUUUGACAGCAAAAGCUCUAGAAAUUUCCAUAAAACAUUUUCACUCAUAAACCGCAACGAAGAUAAAAAGUCAUUAACCAUCUACUCGUCAAUAUUUAAAAUUGUUCAUCAGAACUCUCAGUGCUCAUCAUUCAUAACUGUCCAGAUUCAUGAAUUUUCUAAAAACAUUUAAAAUUAUUAGCCCCACUUCCUGCACAGAGUUAAAAAAUAUAUGUUUUGUUUAGGCAUAAAUUGUCACGAAUCGACUUAGGCAUAAACGAUUUUAAAGCUUAAACGAUCUAAUUAUUUUUGACAGUACAAAUGCUUCAAUAAUUUUAUUAUCCUCUUAUUAUUAAAAAGAAUAAGCCUAAACCGUCAGUCAAGUCUUACUGUACAAUUCGAGUGCAUUGUGACAUAUCCCUGGGCUUCCACCAUCAGUUUCGCACCUCAGUGAAAAGAAACUAACGUGAAUGUAUGGAAAAAAAACACGAAGGUGUGAACUUUCGAGUGUCCCUGAUUAUUCAGAGCCGUACGAAGAGGUGUUUUUUUUUUCGUUUGAGAUCCAGGGAGAUCUCUUCAGCUGGUUUUCGAUGGACUUUCGUCAAUUUUUUCCGAGUUUACGAUUACCUGGACUACGUAACCGGGUUGGACCUUGGCCUCUUCGAUGUGCAUCUUGUCACCGAGGAGUUUUCCACCGAAAAACCAUCUCUGUCGGGAUGGCUCAAGC